AUGGAACAGCUCAUUCUGGAUGUCAUGUCUAAGCCUGUGCAGAAAAAGGUUAUCAGGAGUAGUCAACAUGGAUCCACCAAGGGGAAGUCACGCUUGACCAAUCUGGUAGCCUUCUAUGGUGGCAUGACUGGCUGGGUGGAGGAGUUAUUAGUCAUCAUGGCUGGUUUCUUAGCAGAUACUCAGAGUUACAAGGUGGAUGGUAGCAAACCAUGGUUUUACCAUGACUACAAUUGGUUUUUCUUAGACCUUAGCAAUGUCAUGAAUUCCACUCCAAAUAUAAAGGCUGUGAAUGGAAAAGCUGAAAGUAGUGAUAGCGGAGCAGAAUCAGAAGAAGAAGGGCUUCGUGAAGAGGAGGAAAAAGAACUGCAGCUAAAUGUAAAGGACUAUAAGAAUGUGAAACCAGAAUCAGCAGCUGCUAAGGAUUUGGAAAGUAUUGUUACUAAUGGCUGUUACAAGGACAGCUUUAUCCCAGAUACGCAGAAUGGCAUCCAGACUAAAUCUGCCCUGAAUGGCUUGAACCUGGAGGAGGAAAUAAAGAAAAUGGACCCAAGCCUAGAAAUAGCUAAUAACAGUGCUCACCAAGGUGCAAAUGAAGAGAAUACUGAAGAGGUCUCAGCAACUCAGCACUUAACCAGUGACUCAGACAGUGAAGUUUAUUGUGAUUCUAUGGAGCAGCUGGGACUAGAAGAGCCCUUGGAGAUCAUCACAUCAGCUAAAGGAUCUUUAAAGCAUUCAUCCCAUUUCUUGGAUGUAGAUCACAGUCUUCUGUUAGAAACUACAGAUUUUGCAAGGCAUGCUUGCAUGACUUAUGGAAGUGUCCACCCUGGAAAUACUGUAGAGGGAGCAGCUCAAGAACAAGGUGAAGUCAAGUGUGGAGGAGAAGAUGGCAAAGCCAGUAAUGGGGGCCCUCACAAGGAGAAGAAAGGUGGAGAAAAAGCAGAUUUCUACAGUGUCAGAAGAGGGAGAGGGCAUAGGCUUCAGCCUCUCGGAGAUGGUUCACAAGGUGGACAGAUGGGUAGUGGAGGGGACGGAGAGCGCUGGGGAUCAGACAGAGGACCCAGGGGUAGCCUCAGUGAACAGAUUGCGGUAGUGCUGAUGCGGUUGCAAGAAGACAUGCAGAAUGUCCUUCAGAGGUUGCAUAUGCUGGAGGCAGUUACAGCAUCACAGGCAAAAUCUGCAACACUACAGUCAAAUUAUCAGCCUGCCUCCUCGGUCAAGAAACCAUCAUGGUGGCCCUUUGAAAUUUCUCCUGGUAUUUUAGCUUUUGCUAUUGUAUGGCCAUUUGUCGCCCAGUGGUUGGUACAUGUGUAUCUUCAAAGAAAGCGAAGAAAACUGAACUGAGAAUUCAUGACUUUGCUUAAAGACUGCUAGGAGAAGAUGGCCCUGGAAAGCGAAGGAAUUCUGAAUUCUCAUAGAAUCUCAGAACCUGGGAUGAUGUUCCUUCUGUUAUAGUAAUAUUUUGUACUACCUUUGAGCUAAACAUUUAAGGACUAACAUUAUUGAAACUUGAAUGAUUCACAGCUCCUAGGUUACAAAUGAAAUAAAUUUAAUAAUCCCAUCCU